AUGUCGAUGAGUCCAAAGCACACGACUCCGUUCUCAGUGUCUGACAUCUUGAGUCCCCUGGAGGAAAGCUACAAGAAAGUGGGCAUGGAGGGCGGCGGCCUCGGGGCUCCGCUGGCGGCGUACAGGCAGGGCCAGGCGGCUCCGCCGGCCGCGGCCAUGCAGCAGCACGCCGUGGGGCACCACGGCGCCGUCACCGCCGCCUACCACAUGACGGCGGCGGGGGUGCCCCAGCUCUCGCACUCCGCCGUGGGGGGCUACUGCAACGGCAACCUGGGCAACAUGAGCGAGCUGCCGCCCUACCAGGACACCAUGCGGAACAGCGCCUCGGGCCCCGGAUGGUACGGCGCCAACCCAGACCCGCGCUUCCCCGCCAUCUCCCGCUUCAUGGGCCCGGCGAGCGGCAUGAACAUGAGCGGCAUGGGCGGCCUGGGCUCGCUGGGGGACGUGAGCAAGAACAUGGCCCCGCUGCCAAGCGCACCGCGCCGGAAGCGCCGGGUGCUCUUCUCCCAGGCGCAGGUGUACGAGCUGGAGCGACGCUUCAAGCAACAGAAGUACCUGUCGGCGCCGGAGCGGGAGCACCUGGCCAGCAUGAUCCACCUGACGCCCACGCAGGUCAAAAUCUGGUUCCAGAACCACCGCUACAAGAUGAAGCGCCAAGCCAAGGACAAGGCGGCGCAGCAGCAACUGCAGCAGGACAGCGGCGGCGGCGGCGGCGGCGGGGGCGCCGGGUGCCCGCAGCAGCAGCAGGCGCAGCAGCAGUCGCCGCGCCGCGUGGCCGUGCCGGUGCUGGUGAAAGACGGCAAACCCUGCCAGGCGGGCGCCCCCGCGCCGGGGGCCGGCAGCCUUCAAGGCCACGCGCAGCAGCAGGCGCAGCAGCAGGCGCAGGCUGCCCAGGCGGCCGCCGCGGCUAUCUCGGUGGGCAGCGGGGGCCCCGGCCUGGGGGCACACCCGGGCCACCAGCCGGGCAGCGCGGGCCAGUCUCCGGACCUGGCGCACCACGCCGCCAGCCCCGCGGCGCUCCAGGGCCAGGUCUCCAGCCUGUCCCACCUGAACUCCUCGGGCUCGGACUAUGGCACCAUGUCCUGCUCCACCUUGCUAUAUGGUCGGACCUGGUGA